AGCUGCAGAACUGUAUGUGCCUCAUCUGUCUCCCAGCAGAACAACAUCUAUGGGAGCUUAUACCACAUUCCUUGGCUCCUGUGGGCAUCACCUCUUGAUGUUCCUGGCCGUGAGCUGGCUAGGUUUGGGGACUCUCACUGUGGAAGCAGCUCAGCUCAGGGAGUAUUACAUAGCUGCGCAAGUCACCAGCUGGAACUAUGGAUUCCCACCCAUGGAACAAUCCAGAUUACUAAAUUCAAGUCCUCCGUUCAACAAAAUUGUCUACAGACAGUAUGAAGCAGGUUUCAAAAAAGAAAAACCAACAGAUGCUCUGUCAGGACUUUUGGGGCCGACACUGCGUGCUGAAGUCGGAGAUACACUCAUAAUUCAUUUUAAGAACAUGGCAAACAAACCACUGAGCAUUCAUCCACAAGGCAUGUCAUACAGCAAACAAUCAGAGGGUGCCUCAUAUGCUGACAAAACAUCAGCUGUAGAGACGCUGGAUGAUGCUGUACCUUCAGGUCACACAUAUAAGUAUGUGUGGGUAGUCACUGCAGAAAUCGGGCCUAAAAAGGCUGACCCCCCCUGUCUCACCUAUACCUACUACUCCCAUGAAAACAUGGUACAGGACUUCAAUUCUGGCCUUAUUGGUGCCUUGCUGAUAUGUAAAGAAGGAAGUCUGCAUGAAAAUGGAACACAGAAACUGUUUGAUCGGGAGUAUGUAUUGAUGUUUGCUGUGUUUGAUGAAAGCAAAAGCUGGCAAAAAGUUACUUCCCUCCUGUACACAAUUAAUGGUUAUGCUAAUGGAACUCUGCCAGACAUUGAAGUGUGUGCUUAUGAUCGCAUUAGCUGGCAUUUGAUAGGGAUGAGUUCUUCACCAGAGAUCUUCUCCAUCCAUUUCAAUGGUCAAACCCUGGAGCAAAACCGCUACAAAGUGUCAACUGUCAACCUUGUUGGAGGGGCAUCAUCAACGGCAAACAUGUCCGUAAGCCACACAGGAAGGUGGCUAAUUUCUUCUGUUGUCCAAAAACAUCUGCAAGCUGGAAUGCAUGGUUACCUGGAGAUACAAGAAUGUGGCAAUCCAGCUAUAUCGACAAAGAAAUUAUCAUUUAAAGAACUGCGAAUGAUUAAAGAGUGGAAAUAUUUCAUUGCUGCAGAAGAAGUCCUCUGGGAUUAUGCUCCACAAAUUCCUGAGAGCGUUGAUAGACAAUAUAGAGCUCUGUAUCUGGACAAUUUUUCAAAUCUCAUCGGCAAAACGUACAAAAAGGCAGUUUUCAGACAGUAUAAAGAUGCCAAUUUCAGCAAACAUACAGAAAGUACCUGGCCAAAAGACCGUGGAAUUUUGGGCCCUGUUGUCAGAGCAGAGGUUAGAGAUACCAUCAGUAUUGUAUUCAAAAAUAUGGCCAGUCGACCGUACAGCAUUUAUGUGCAUGGAGUAACACUUUCCAAAGAGGCAGAAGGGGCUGUGUACCCUUCAGACUCCAAAGAGAACAACACACAGGGUAAAAUUGUCCAACCAGGAGAAACGUAUACGUAUAAGUGGACUGUUCUUGACACUGAUGGACCUACAGAAGAAGAUGCUCAGUGUGUCACCAGAUUAUAUCAUAGUGCUGUGGAUGUGACAAGGGAUAUAGCCUCCGGAUUGAUUGGACCCUUAUUGAUCUGUAAAGGCCGAGCACUUAACCAGAAGGGAAUACAGAAUAAGGCUGAUGUGGAGCAGCAUGCCGUCGUUGCAGUGUUUGAUGAAAACAAAAGCUGGUAUUUGGAGGACAACAUCAAGCAAUACUGCAGUGACCCUUCCACUGUGAAAAGAGAUGAUCCCAAAUUCUACAAGUCUAAUGUUAUGCACACUCUCAAUGGCUAUGCAUCUGAUAGAACAAAUAUCUUGGGAUUUUGCCAGGAUUACAUUGUUGAGUGGCAUCUCUCCAGUGUGGGCGCCCAGGAUCAGAUAGUGCCUGUACAUCUUUCAGGUCAUACUUUUCUGAACAAAGGAAAAGAUCAAGAUAUAUUAAACCUUUUUCCCAUGAGUGGUGAAUCUGCAACUGUUACUAUGAACAAUGUUGGGACCUGGCUUCUGUCCUCCUGGGGUUCCCGUGAAAUGAGCAAUGGCAUGAGAAUGAGGUUUAGGGAUGUCAAAUGUGAACAUGAUUACUCAGAAGAUUAUGACGCAUUUUAUGAUGUCUUUGUGCCCCCUGAGAUGCUUCCCACACCUACUGUAGCAACAAGAGUAAAAGAAGAAAGAGGCGCAGUAGCAGAUACAGAUGAUUAUCAGGAAAACUUAGCCACACUUUAUGGAUUCCAAGAUGAUGAGUAUGAAGAAAAGAGAGAGGAAGGGAAGGAAAAGGAUUACCAAGAAGAAUUAGCUUCAUUGCUGGGACUUCGAACGUUUAAUGGUUCAGCUACUGAGGAAGAGUAUAAUCUUACUGCUCUCGCUAUGCAAGACACUUAUGGUACCACUACUGUGGGGGACUAUGACAUACCUGUGGAUCUGGGGUUUGCCAAUGAUAGUGAUACUUUGCAUGGGGUGGCACCCCUAGAAACUGAUCAGGAAGUACAAAACGAAGAUCCAGUGGAGUUAUUAGCCAACUCAGAAACUAGCACCAUGGCCAUUUUUCCACAAUCUUUUUCAGAAAAGGAAGAAAAAGACAGUGCAGACGGAAAGGAUACUUUGGAUGGAGAGAAAGGAGAAGGAGGUUUGUCAGAGGCAACAUUUUUUGCUGUUAAACAGAUGCGUGCUCUGCUCUUUUAUGUACAACAAAAGAGAAAUGCCUCUGCUUUAGGCAACACUUCAAGUAUGACCUUUCUUGCCAUACCUAGAUCAGAAAACACCUCCACCUUAGAUAAUUCAACAUUUGAUUUAAAAACUGAUUACAUCUCAGAUGAGUAUGAAGAGGAUGAGUUUUCCAUUCUUUCAACUAAUUUAACUUUGGCUGUGGGAGAGGCAGUCGAAAAUGAUUUUGAACCACAUAAUGUUUCUGCAUUAGAGUUGUCAAAAGUUCAGCAAAAUAGCAGUUCAACUUUGAGUGAAGUUUUAGGCAGCUUAGAUCCUACUCUCAUUCCAAAGACAGUAAAAGAAAGACCAAAAGUUUCACCUCUCAAAGGACAGAAGUGUCCCUCUAAAAGUGUCCCUACAGAUUAUGAAUGGAAUUUUGUCUCUGAGAAGAAUUAUGACCCAGGAACAGGCCUGAGUAAGAUUGUUGAUGACAAACUUCAGAACAGCUCCAGGAAUGCCACAAUUGAUGCAGAAAAUACCAUAUCCCCUAGUAUAAAAAAGCAGGAGAUGCAUAAAGGAGAUUCCCAACCUGAACUUGGCCAACAGGAAGUGAGCAGCAAGCAUGGAACCCUGAUUGAAAAGGAAAAUGAAACCUGUACUGUGAUGACAUCUACAACUUUCCUGAAAUCUCGGCAAAAAAAGAAAAAGCAACAUCUACGUGCCUCAAUGACUCCAAGAGGUUUCAAGCCUCCAGUAUCAUCUAAAAUACUCAACAAUACCCAAGCUUUCCAUAAAGCCAACCAGGAUAUGCAACUGAAUGAGGACAAUUACACUCUGACACCAAUACAGUCUAAACCUUUUGUCAAGAUAGGCCUUCCAAAGGAAAAUGGGGAGUACGAUGAGUUUGACCCAAUAUACUCAGAGGGUGAUGAGAGUUCCAGUGGUUCAUUGGAAUAUGAGACUGUACGCUAUGAUGACCCGUAUACAACAGAUUCUCGACUUAACUUUAGCUCAGUGCGUAACCCUGAGGACAUAGCUGUGCACUAUUUACGUGCUUUUGGUGAUGGGUACAAGCGGACAUACUACAUUGCUGCUGUAGAAGAUGUGUGGGACUAUUCAGCAUUUAGAAAAAGUACAGUGAAAAGUGGUUCAGCCAGCACAGUGUACAAAAAGGUGGUUUUCCGAGGUUAUCAAGAUAGCACUUUCAAGACACCCAUGGUUAAAAGGGAAUGUGAAGAUCACCUUGGCAUCCUUGGUCCCAUAAUCAGAGCCGAAGUAGAUGAUGUCAUCCUGGUACAUUUUAAAAAUCUGGCCUCCAGACCAUAUUCUCUUCAUGCCCAUGGACUUUCUUAUGAGAAAUCUUCUGAAGGCAGAAGCUAUGAUGAUCAGUCUCCAGAAUGGUUCAAGAAAGAUGAUGCAAUCCAGCCAAAUGGCACCUAUACCUAUGUCUGGCAUGUAACAAAACAAUCAGGUCCUACACAAGAUGGGGAAAUGUGUAGGUCCUGGGCCUAUUACUCUGCUGUAAACCCAGGGAAAGAUAUACACUCUGGCUUGGUUGGGCCAAUUUUGGUCUGUAAAAAAGGAAUGCUUGACAAGUACAACAAGCCGACAGAUAUGCGGGAAUUUGUGUUGCUGUUUAUGGUCUUUGAUGAAAAGAAGAGCUGGUAUUUCAAUAAACAAGCCAGGAAGGCAUGUGAAGACAGAACUGCCGAUGCUGAAAGAUGCCACACAUAUCCUGCUAUUAAUGGGUUCCAGUACCAACUGCCGGGGUUGCGAAUGUAUGAGGAUGAGAUGGUUCACUGGCAUCUGCUGAACUUGGGCGGGCCAAAAGACAUUCACGUUAUUCAUUUUCACGGUCAGACAUUCACAGAACAGGGAAUGGAAAAUCAUCAGCUUGGCAUCUACACACUUCUUCCUGGUUCAUUCCGCACUAUUGAAAUGAAGCCGCCAAAAGCCGGUGUGUGGCUUUUGGACACAGAGGUUGGUGAAUAUCAGCAAGCUGGAAUGCAGACUGCUUUUCUUGUCAUUGAUAAAGAAUGCAAAUUACCCUUGGGUCUGGCAAGUGGCAUUAUACGAGAUUCACAAAUAAGUGCUUCUGAUCACAAAAGUUACUGGGAACCAAAGCUGGCAAGAUUGGACAAUACAGGGAAAUACAACGCUUGGAGCACUGAGAAGAAGGAAAAUGGUUCCUGGAUCCAGGUGGACCUACAAAGGGAAGUUCUAAUUACAGGGAUUCAGACCCAGGGAGCCAAGCAGUUAACAAAGCACUUCUAUACAAAAGAAUAUUUAAUUGCAUACAGCAAAAAUGGGAGAAGGUGGAUUGCCUUUAGAGGAAACAGCACAGAGGCACAAAAGUUUUUUGAAGGUAACUCCGAUGGAUCUGGAAGAAAAGAAAACCACAUUGAUCCUCCUAUAAUUGCUAGAUAUAUUAGGGUGUAUCCAACUGCGUGCUAUCAUAGACCAGCCCUUCGCAUGGAAUUGCUGGGUUGUGAAAUAGAAGGCUGCUCUACACCAUUGGGUUUAGAAAAUGGGGCCAUUAAGGAUGCACAGAUCACAGCCUCCAGCUAUAAGAAGAAUUUUGUGAGUUCAUGGAAGCCAUCCCUUGCCCGCCUCAAUAGACAAGGCAGAGUGAAUGCCUGGCAAGCAAAGUCAAAAAACAAUAAUCAGUGGCUGCAGAUUGAUCUACUUCAACCUAAGAAGAUAACAGCUAUCAUAAUCCAAGGUGCCAAAUCGUUGACUAGUGAAAUGUAUGUGAAAACAUUCUCCAUCCUUUACAGUGAUAAUGACUCAGCAUGGAAGCCUUAUUUGGAUAGCUCAUCUUCCAUAGAAAAGGUGUUCAUGGGUAAUAUUAAUAGUAACGGACAUAUCAAGCACUUUUUCAGCCCACCUAUAUUUUCUAGGUUUAUUCGCAUUGUUCCCAAAAUGUGGAAUCAGAGUAUUGCUCUUCGCGUGGAACUAUUUGGCUGCAAUAUUUUAUAGAAGUUGAGCAGGUAACUGCCAGAUUAAGAAGAUCCAGAGCUUUAACUCUACGGUUGCCAGUAGUGUAAAAAAGGCCAAAACAACACUUUUCUCAUGAUUCUCUGGUGUAUAACCAAAGUACUUUCAGCUGUGGAUUUUGUAGGUAUUACACUAAAGCCAUUAUAUAACAUACGAAACAUGUGAGAAAUUAUCCGAUGAAUCCUAAGCAGGUCUGCUCAGAUCCAUUCAAAGGGACUUUUUCUUAGGAUUGUAAUGUGCAUUUGUCAUUUACAUUUAAAAUGUGUUCCUUAAAAUCCAGUCCUAUGUAGCUGUAUGCAUCCACUGAAAUCAGUGAAUUUAGAAAGGUGUAACUAUGCUCAGAAUAGCAUUGUUUGUAUGUUAAACACCACUGCUUUGAUCUAUAUCUGGGUUUCUUCCUUCCCAUUCUCAAUGCAAAUUGCUGGCUGUCUUUUUUAUUUUUACAGCAGCUAGUUUGCUUAUGAAGUUUAGCAAAGAUUGUAUUAUUUAAUGACACCAAAGAAUUUAAAUAGCUAUUAAAUGAUGCUGAUGAAAGCCAAAAAUACUUUAUAUUUUUGAGAUAUUUUGCCUUCUAUUUUUCAGUUAAUUACUGUUAAUGUGGCACUCUUAUUACAUGAUUCUUUGCACCUUUUUUUCUUAAAGUACCCCACCUAGCUUUUGUUAGAUGGAAUUUGGGGCUGCACUGUCUUCUGCAAUCUUCAACAAACGGGAAAUUACACUUUUAUAGGCCACAUCAAAUCACUGGUGCUAUUGUCUAGUAUAAGCUCUCAGUAUUGCAUAUAAGGUUAUAACAUUGCUAAGGCAUGCUAAGAAAGGAACUUUCUAUGUGAGAAAAUCAACAUUCCAUUGUUUAGUGCUUCCAGUAGUUAUUGCCUGCUUCAAUACAUAUGGGCUGGAAAUGUAUAUUAUACUUUGCAGAAAUGGUCCUUCUGGCUAACGCAGACAGUUUUGUAAGGUUUAUUUCCCCAAAUCCAUGUCAAUCAAAAAGCCCUGCUUUUUGUGCCUCCACUUGUAAAGAUGAAGCAUGUGGUGACCAGAGAUUAGUUGUUAUUUUUUUAGUAAUACACCUUGUCUAUGGCAUGCUGUUCUUUAUGAGGUUCAUCUGGUUUUAGAUGCCAGGCCAAAACAUUUCUUUUAACCCAGACUUUUAAUUAAGGGGUUGAUCUUGCAAAUUUGUUUAUAAAUGCUUCUAACCAGAUGGUUGUUGUAUGAAAACCAGUUUAUUUUGUGUUGUUUUUAAUGGUUAGAAUUUUAUGCUGUUUUUGUAAUUUUAUUCUUUGUCACUUUGCAAACAGCCUUGCAUAGGUUCUCUGGAGAAAUGGCAUAUGCACCUUUGCUAGAUUUGGUAAAGGUUGUUUUUGAAAGCUAAAAUCUUGAACAAUUUCAAUUUCCUGGUUGUUUUUCUUAUAGUUGAGUAAUUCUCCAGUAGUCAUUACCUUUGCCUAUUUGAUGGUCAGCUGUAGUCCUGCUUUGGCACUUUCAAAUCCUUUAACUUUCAGCAGUAGUCGUUUCAAAGCUGCUCUGUUUUCUGAUAAUGUAGGAUGAUCAAUAUAUCUCAAAUUGUUCAUAUGAAGGGGCUAAUACAGUAGCCUACUACAGUUCUGUUAUAUACAGACAUCUCUCUUUCCCUUCUAAAGCUGUAAGCUAUACCAGCACCAACAGAGCUCUUUGCUGUGCCUUGUUCAAUGUACAGUGUACCCAAUGUAAAAAAGACUUACAGUAUAAUCCUGAGAAUAGUUACAGCCUUGUAAACCCAUUGACUUAAGUAGUUUUAGAAGGAAAUAACUCUGCUUAGGAGGGCAUUGUUAAUGUAGUAUGAAUGUAAACAUUACAUCAUUCCUUCUGUAACAAGAUGUUUUUGUUAGAAAUAGUCUCAUAGAUGAAAAAAGGAUGGAGGCUUAGUUGCUGGAAUUUCUUUUAUGCAAUAUUUAUUUAGGUUUACAUUCUAAUUUGGAGCUUUUCACAGCCUUAUUUUUGUUUCACUUGAGAAUACAUAUGGAGCUGUCCCAAAAUGUAUUGAAUACUGAAUAAGACUGAAUAAACAAAUGCAAUCUGUUCCCAUACACAUAGCAUAAAUCCUUAAUCUGAACUACAUCUGUUUUGAGGCUACAGACUAACAGGGCUCCCUCCACUUCCAGAUAUUGUCCCUGUAUUAGGUAGAGCCAAGGUUGCCAGCAUAAAGGAAUGGCCUCUACCUACAACCAAAAAAGGUGUUAUGAGUUUCUUAGGAUUGGUUGGGUAUUAUCGACACUUUAUACCGCAUUUCAGUCAAACAGCAGCCCGAUUGUCUGACAUGCAAAAAGAAUGCUUCUGUAACUGUACUGUGGACCUCGCAAUGUCAGAAUGCAUUUGCCCUUCGGGGAUCGGGCGGUAUACAAAUUAAAUAAAUAAUAAUAAUAAUAAUAAUAAUUAGUUGAAGAGGUGUCUGAUUGACUUGCCAAUAUUAACAGCACCUGAUUUUAGUAAACCUUUCAUAGUCCAGACAGAUGCCUCAGAAAGAGGAACUGCUGGAGUUCUGAUACAAAGGUCUGAUGACCAGGAGUUACACCCUGUUGUGUAUUUGAGUAGAAAAUUGUUGCCUCGUGAAUGUAGCUAUUCGACAGUAGAGAAGGAAUGUUUAGCACUGGUCUGGUGUUUAAACAAACUCAAGCCUUAUCUGAUGGACACCAAGUUUUUCAUCCAGUCUGAUCACAAUCCACUGGUGUUCCUAGACAGGAUGAAAGGUAACAAUGCAAGAAUCUUGUGGUGGGCUUUAGGCCUACAAGAUUUUCAGUUUUAAAUUUCUCAUAUCAAAGGUUCUGAGAAUGUAGUGGUUGAAAGCUCUCAGCUGGUGCAAUCAAUGAAGAGUGAUUGAGUGCCUUUGCUAAAUGCUCAAGGGUAUUACAUUGCUUAUUAGUUGUAGAGUGUAUUCUGUGUUAACCAAUUUUCUUUAUUCUGUAUUGCUGUGUUAUGCAUGUAAUGAAUUGUAGUUAGCUGGACUAUGUAUUAGAAAGAAACAUUUGAUAUUGUUCAACAUGCCUUAUCUUUCUAUGUUUGUUAGCUAAAAUGUGUAAACGUGGGCCUAAAAUUUCAUCUUGAAAGGGGGCGUGUGAUGAAAUGGUUCAGGUUAUAGGAAUAUAGGAAGUCACACAAGCCUGUUAAAACCUUUGAUCAUCAGAGCAACCAAACUGAAAAGCCAAAUGGGUGAGAUCAAAGGAUUGUUUCGAAGCAUAUGUCAAGAAACGGAAGUUACCUAAGGGGCAAAGGGAAACAAAGAAGGAGAUUCUGCUAUGGGCUAGGCAAGAGAGAGCAUCUCUUGCCCAUAGGUCCUCAGUUUGAACAACUAAACCGGGCUGGAACAGUGCACUGCUGAGAAAUCAAUGUAAAAGAAACUUUUUGUUAUUUUCUAUUCACAAUAAAGUCUUUGAGAACUCAG